GGGCGCAAUAUUUGGCGCGCCAUUUUCUCAACCUCGUGGUCUACAGCGCGGAAAAUUUGUGCUGAAAACAUAAAAAUUCUCAGUGUUUUUUUCACUGACAGCUCACAUAUUAAGCAAGGACAAUGUCRGAACCAGGAGAUGAAGUUUCAAGUGAAGGCGAAUUAGGAAGUUCACCACCWACAGGUCAGAGAAUAGUAAAUGCCUCAGGUUUGAUGCAAAAUCCUCAACUACUUGCUGCUUUUAAGGAUGGUCUKUCAAGAUUGGUUGGUCAAACAAGUGGAUACGUUGAGAGUUUGCCAAAAUCUGUAAAAAGAAGAAUCAAAGCAUUGAAGAAUAUUCAGGCUGAGUGUUGUAAGAUUGAGGGAAGGUUUUACGAAGAAGUUCAUGCGCUGGAGUGCAAAUAUGCUGAGAAAUUUAAACCUUUAUACGAGAAGCGUAAAAAUAUAGCAAAUGGACAUGUCGAACCUACUGAUAAGGAGUGUGAGUGGCCGUCUGAUGAUGAACAGGAAGAAAGUGAAGAGAAAGAAGAAAAAGAAGAGAAGGACAAGGCGGAGGUAGAUCAAUUAUCGCAAGAAGUAAAAGAUAAAGUUAAAGUAAAUGAUGAUACCAUGGAAACAGAAGUCUUAUCAGAGGAUACCAAAGGAAUCCCAGAGUUUUGGUUGACUAGCAUGAAGAAUGUUGAUAUGAUUGCAGAAAUGAUUCAGGAGCAUGAUGAACCAAUACUUAAACACUUGACAGAAAUAAAAGUAGUGUUUGUUGGUCCUGACAGCAAUGUUGAAAACUCGCAAUAUCCACUGCCGACACCUAUGGGAUUUGUCCUGGAAUUCCAUUUCACUCCAAACCCAUUUUUCACGAACACUAUCUUGACCAAAUCGUAUAAAAUGAAAUGUGAGCCAGAUGAGGAUGAUCCCUUCUCUUUUGAAGGACCAGAAAUUGUCCACACAUCAGGAUGUAAAAUUGAUUGGAAAAAAGGCAAAAAUGUCACACAAAAGGUAGUCAAGAAGAAGCAGAGACAUAAGGGACGUGGUCAAACUCGAUUCAUAAACAAGACAGUAAAAAAUGAUUCUUUUUUCAACUUCUUUUCACCACCAGAAGUUACAGAAGAAGAUGAAGAUAUGGAUGAUGAUACAGAAGCUCUUCUGGCUGCUGACUUUGAGAUUGGUCAUUUCUUCAGAGAAAGACUUAUUCCUAAGGCUGUUUUGUACUUCACUGGUGAAGCUGGUGAUGAUGAUUUUGAUGAAGAUGAUGACGAGGAUGAAGAUGCGUUACAUGACGGUGAUCGUGAUGACGAUGAUGAUGAUGAUGAUCCAGACUACAAUCCACCACCACCAGGAGAAAAGCCACAGGAAUGCAAACAACAGUAACAAAAUGACUUAGCCCUCUCCAGAGAGGAAAGAAUUGUCCAAUGUAAGACCUCAAAAAGCCAUAACAUUUUGGCUUUGACCAACACCAAUCUGUGGUUAAACCCACAUUAAAUUUUGUGUACAAAAAUUGUGAUAAAUUUCUAAUGAUUACGAGGUUGAUCCAGAUUAGCUUAUAUUGCAUAGUUGUCAUGGUAACUAUGAAGAGUUGCAAUAAACAAUCCUUUUCAAUGUU